UGUAGGCUGCACUCUGUAAAUAAUAAACAGCAGCUCUCGGAUACUUGCUGGGCGUGUGUGACAGUACUGCUGUAUAUAUCACAGGCAUGAUCUAUGUACACUUCCUGGUUAUGGGAUACUGAGGUUACAGGGAGCAUUCUCUGCAUGGGAAGGCGGCAGGACAAUUACUUUACACUAUUGAACAGCUCAGGAUUUGAGCAGAGCUCCCUACCGCACAUGGCAUCAAGUUACUCCGUCCUCGUUACUGGCGCAUUGGCUCCGCUGUGUGUGGCAGUGGCAUGGGCACUGUACAGAUACCGCUCUCAGCCAGAGCUCAUAUGGAGCGUGGAUGUGAAGACCCAGAUGGCCCUCCGUCGAUAUGUUUUAUUUGAAUCUACCCAUGGAAAACCAGACAGCGUUCUGCAGACAUUUAAGGAAUACGCCAGACGGGACAUCUUGGUGAAAGAGUUGCUGUUUACUCUAGAACAGGAUAUUUUUCUAGCUAAUGCGGUGACACAAUCUUUACCGCUAACGACGCUCGUAUUGGGCACACAAUGUGGAUAUUCUGUCAUAAAACUGCUGUCGCUUUUGCCUCAGGAAGGGAAGGUGUAUGCAGUGGAGGAUGAGGACAACAUGGCCGAUUCGGCCGAGGAGAUGAUUCUUGUCGCCGGUUUUAAAAACAACCAGUUUAAGCUGUUGUGUCAACAUCCGGUAGACGCCAUCCAUGUACUGAAAAGCCAGUGUGGCCUGAAGGGGGUGGAUUUGGUGUUAAUGGACUAUAAGUGUGACCAGUAUAUCCAUGGCUUGCAGGCUUUACUAGAGGUUGGAGCCCUGCACCCUGGGACUGUAAUACUAGCCAACAACACCAACCAUCCAACAGCCAAAGACUUCAUGAAUCACCUUCAUGGUGCUGGGAGUUAUAGAAUUGUAGAUUGCUGCAAUGGAUUAUUGAAGGUGGGAUAUGUGGGACCCAACUCACAGGAUGGUCAUUAACACGCAGAUAGAUGACUGUAGGACAUAGCAAUAGGAGGAAAUGAUGAAGUACACAUACAGUAUUAUCUUCUAUUAUUGCACCAAAGCUCUGUGUCAUUGUACAAUAAACAUUGAUCUGCUAUGUCAUGGUAUAUUUCACAACAAUGUAAUGGGAAUGAAUAAAUAAUUUCCAUUAAAUCAAUGACAACAUUACUGCUGGUGCCGAUGUUAACGAACAGCUAUUUCUCAAACCCAGGUAUGGGAGGGCAAUCCUGGAUUCCUCUGCCCUCUAUCCAGCAUUUGCCCUGUGUAUCACAUACCGCACAGGACUUCCCAGAACAGCCUGUGAUAUAACAAACAGAGCAGCACAUUGUGGUAUAAGUUGUGAGCUACACAUAUAUUGAUCAUCCGUUGGGGGAACAGGCACACUCCCUGAGGUUCUAGUACUUCAUCUAGUGCCAAGGAAUUGAGGAAACAAUUAGGUAGUUUUAAAUAUUUUGAGCCAUUUUAAAAUUUGAUCAAAUUUCACUGGUUUGAAGUUCACAAUUCGUGUUGCAACAUUCAAUAGGCACCAAUUCAGAUUUGCAGGUUCUCAAUUUGCAGCUGUAAUUCGCAGUUUGUCUUCACUUUUCUGUUCAUGGUUUACCAUUCUUUUUAGAUUUUUAGAUUAGGGUUUAGUAUAAAAGAUCUACAGUAAAUAAAAAAGGUUAACAGGUACAAAAUGUCGAUAAUUUUUUUUAAAAGUUUUUUUGGGUGUCAUUUUUCAAUAUUUCAUAAUGUGACCAUAAUUAUUGCAAAUAUAUACCCUCGCAGGCUGACUUUGGGCAGGUUACUAUUACCAGUUGUAGUCCACGUGGAUGGUAAAUCAAGCAGAAGUUGAAAAAUAUGUGAAAACCCCCCAAAAAACUUGUGUCAACCAUUGCCAUGUCAACCUAGUACAUUUUUUGAAUUUAAACACCACCAAUCAUUUACAGUUUGGAAUGUUUCAGUUUCCUAUUCAAAGUUUACCUUUCCUCAUUAAAAAUAGUUAAGCACCAAUAUAAUUGGAUGGGCUCAUACACAA